AUGGCUCCCCUAAAUCAAGAUCCACAUUAUCAACAUGAUAACUUAUUCCAAGCACAAAUGAACAAGCCUCUCAUCCCUCCCACCUCGGAACUUAAGCUGGCGGACCUAUGUGCCAAAUGCUCUGGAGCUCUGUUCCACGACGGCCACGGAGGAUUCAAGGAGAAAUUAGAUGACAACCAGUCGCCACGACUUCUAUUCCCUGUUAAGAGUUAUCACGAAAACUAUCGCAAAAUCUGGACAGAUUCCAUCCCGAGUCUUCCACGAAUUGAGAAAUCUGCCCUCGGAGGUUGUGAUUUUUGUUUGUUCCUACAUAAUAGCAUAUUAUCUCGUGAUGUGGAUAAUAUGCUAGUACAGUCUAUUGGGAAGAAACAAGCGGAAUUGGGUACACAGAAAAUAUCGAUAUCCGUCGCGUACUGCUGGUCAAGUGGUUCUCCAGAUAUAUAUCGUGAUCUAUAUGGCGGAGAUACCGUGGAAAAGGAGGUCUGCUCUAGGCAGGACAUAUUUUCAGCUGAAGAUGAUGAAUGUGAGGAAUACCACCUAGACGAUGCCGAAUAUCUCCCAACAGAAGGUGAGAACUUAGGCAAAGGGCACGAUUCUGUGGAGACAGAAACCGGCAUAAAGCUAGAUGACGGUCAGCUGGAGGGACUACUCAUCCGACUGGAGUCUCGAGCCACCGGUGAAUACAUACCACCGUUCUAUCUCUGUUGCUAUGCUACACAAACGCCUGGUAGUGAGGUUGCCGGCAACUGGCUUGGUCUAGCUCUACCGUCGAGUCAGGAUUACUCGGAGCCGCAUAGAGCGGAGUGGAUGAAACAAGCUCUCCGAAAGUGUGAAGCACAUAACCAUGAGCUGACCGACGAACAUUUCGCUCCCGAACGGCUCAUUGAUGUGUCAUCUCCAAAACCGAGGCUAGUCCUCCGUGGCAAAUAUCAAAUGUCACAGACCAACCCCUACGUCCCGACGUACGCCGCUCUGAGUUAUUGCUGGGGUCCACCAGAAGAUGCCAGGUUGCAGUUGACUACGACAAAGGAAACUUUUGAGAAGAGGCGAAGGGGUAUUGAAAAUCAUGAGAUGACACAAGUCCUCAAAGAUGCGGUCUUCAUAGCACGGGAACUAGGAAUGCCUUAUCUUUGGAUCGACGCACUUUGUAUCACACAAGGUGACACUGGUGACUGGGAGAAGCAAUCUGUUGAUAUGUCAAAGAUCUAUGGAAACCCAAAGGUCACUCUUUGUGCAGCAUCUUCCAUGUCUUGCCGAGAAAGCUUCCUGCGCCAGCGAGGCAGUCGAAUCCGUAUGCCAUUUCGUUCGACUCUCCAGCCGAGUAUAACAGGUUCAUUUGAUGUGCAGUUCAAGUACGUCCGGAUGGCUACCAACGGGUCCCGAAUAUUCUCACAUCGUGGGAUGGACGUUUUCGACCUCGAUUUGUCGCAGGCAAAUUGGUCGGGUCGUGGCUGGGUAUUCCAGGAGAGGUUUUCCUCUAGGUGCAAACUUUCGUUCGGAAAUGCCUUCAUCCAUUAUCUAUGUGACAAGGGCAGUCAAAGGAUGGCCAAGUCAUUGAUCGAUGGCCCAUGGUUUAUGAGUCUAUCGGCUACUCUUGAUGGGGACUCCGAAGAGCUCUAUCACUCGUAGCGUUCUAAGGUCCUACGACGAUACGCACGCUUCAACGUUCAUUCCUUUACCAAUCACAC